AUUAUUUCGAAGCGAAGAUGCCCAAAGUCGAUGUGGAUCAGGUGAUGGUGUUAAUGCCCGAGGAUUGGGAGAGGAUCCAGUAUGAGUUACAUAUGAGGGAAAUAGAAGCGGAGAAAAUCAAAAUAUUGAAGAAAAAUAAAGAAGAGAUUGCGGAAAAAUCAAAAAAAUUUGUUCAACACUGGCCCAACACAUUAGCAAGUCUCCGCCAGAAGAAAAUCGAAGACUUCAAACGUAAACAACUGAUGGAAGAGGAGGAGAAGAAACAAAAGGACAUUGAAUGGGCCGAGUACCAAGCAGAAGUAAGGAAGAAUGCCAUUGCAGAAGCCAAGAAAAAAAUGUACUUCCAGACAGAUCGCAUCAAAGGUUUGCAUCGAGGUUUUCAGUUUUCUGAAACUCUGAGAGAGAGAGAAGAACAAAUAAAAAUGAAGAAUUUACAGAAGGAAACUGCAAGACUGCGGGCGGAGAUGAGUUACAAGGAAUUAAUGAAAGAGAAUGAAGAGAUGGAAAAGAUGGAACAGAAGAAGCAAGAUAAUAGAAAGAAGGCCGUGAUGGAGCAGAUUGAAAAUCUUAAAGCCAAAAUGUUGAUCAACAUUGAAGAAAAAAAGCAAGAGAAAGAGGUCCAGAAACAGGAACAGAAGCAUUUGACCCAGCUGGCCGAGGAAUGGGCGAACGAAAUCCGUCAACUGGAGAAAGAAAAAAAAGAGAAGUCCUUGAAAUUUGCUGCAGAACGCAAGGAACGAAUAAAAGGGGAUGCAGAGCUUAGAGAACUUGAAAAGAAGAAAGAAGAGGAGGAAGAUAAAGCAUGCGAAGUUUAUGCGAAUGCAAAACGAGAUAUGCUGAAAAUGAGAGAGAAACGAAAUAAGGAAUUGCGAGAGCAACGUCAGAAAUAUCUCGAGGUGCUCGGUCUUCGAAUCAGUAAUCAAAUGAAGGAACUAAAUGAUGAUGAGAACGAAAGAAUUGAGAAAGUGGCACAGGAAAAAGAAAAUGAAAAAUUGCGAAUUGAAGAACAGAAGAAAAAGAAUUAUGAUAUACAUACGGAAGAAAUCCUUGCAAAUAUGAAAGCUAAGAAAGAAAAGCAAGAAAAGGAGGAGGAAAUGAAAGCAGAGCAUUUGAAAGCUCUCAAAGCCGAUAUUGAAAAAUAUGAAGCCGAAGAUAAGCAUUUUCGAUCCUAUGCCGAUUCUUUAAUGGAAGAAUGCAAGAAGAAAGGGUGGAACUUGUACCCUGUAGAAUACGCAGCAGGCUAUAAAUGCGAAUCUUCAGUGAAGCAGACCAAAAAGGCAGCUAACAUGUUCUCCGAAAAUAAGAAAGAGUUUGGUUACAUCUGGUAAAAACAGACCCAAAGGAAAUUUUGGUGGAAGAAUUUCAACGAAAAUUUUUUAUCAUAAUUAUGUUGGUUAAAUUGUAAAAACAGUGUAAUUAGAUGGUUAAAAGAUUUUUUUAAUUA